AUUGGGCACCUCUCCAAGUACAUUAAUAGUCGUGAAUAUACAUAUCAUUACUAUCCAAUAGGAUCUGCAGGAUGAAUAGUGUAGUGGGUGAUCACGUGCCUCCUGCGUACAAAACUGUUAUCAGAUGGAGAUCACCUGAUGAUACCCUCAAUGAGAUCCUUUUUCAUUAUUAUCUAUCUGUAUUGACACACCUUCUCCCUUCUCCUUCCUUCCUUCUUCUUCUUCUCUUCUCUUUCACCUCACUCAAUGAGCGGCAUCAUGACUUGACAUACAUAUGCUUUCUGUUUCCAGGAGAAACAAGGAUAAAAUAUCCGGCUUUGAAUUGAUCGCCUCUUUCCCGAUGACUUCAAGUUCGGCUGUAUGUUCGGCAGUCAAUCGGCCUCGACCUGAGCCGGGGAUGAAGGGUACAUAAUCAUAUUUCCCCUUCCCCCCAUCCCCGACCAACCUUUUAUACACUCGACUUAGAUUAAAUUGAACGACUAUCCAGAGUCAUAGCAACAAAUAUCACC